AUGCGUCCGACAUCUUCAGUGACACGUUACUCAGCCUCCGUCAAGACCAUCUCCACCGACACCGAAGCCCCAUCUCCCAGAGUCGGAGCCCCCAGCACAGCGCUGAAAGAUGCCUUCUAUCUCUUCUCCGGCCGCGGCGGUAUCGCCAUGGAACCCGUCGAGGAAUCUGGCAGCGUCUGGCGAUACACCCCAUCCCAAUCUCGCUGGGAUCAACUCACGCCGACCGACGCAACGGCACCACACCCAGCCGGACGCAGCUACCACUGCACUGCCUCAGACGGCAACAAGACCAUCUACAUCCACGCAGGCUGCCCAGAGAAAGGCCGCCUCGCCGAUCUGUGGUCCUUCAAUAUCGAGUCGAAGACGUGGAAGGAGCUCGCUGCAGCACCUCCUCCAGCGCGCGGCGGCGCGUCCAUCGCUUUCUCUGGAGGCAAGUUAUAUCGCAUCAAUGGCUUCGAUGGCACUUCCGAGCAAGGCGGUUCUCUUGAUGUCUACGACCCCGCUUCCGCGGCUUGGUCUACGAUUACGUACAAGCCAGAUGGUGUCAAAGGCCCCGAGGCGCGAAGUGUAUCAGCGCUCGUCGCGGUUGAGGUGGACGGUAAGCCGCAUCUUGUGACGCUGUUUGGCGAGCGCGAUCCUAGUUCGUUGGGUCACGCUGGUGCUGGCAAGAUGCUCUCGGACGUGUGGGCUUUCGACAUUGUGGCCGGGACGUGGGAUAAGGUCUUCUUCGAGGGGGAUGCGCCGCCGCCAAGAGGUUGGUUUGAUGCGGAUGUGGUGGGGGAUGGGAGCAAGCAGGCUGUGGUUGUUCAUGGAGGUCUUGCUGAAGAUAACUCGAGGUUGGGAGACAUCUGGAGACUCGACUUUGUCUAG